AUGCCGUUUCUAUUUGCUCUAAUUUCAAUCAACAUUCUGUCCGUUUCUAUGGUUUGGCUGCUAGUUUCGUGUGGGAAAAAAGAAAAUGUAAAUUUUUAUGGCCUAGAAAAUUUUCUCGGCCACCAAAAAAACUGCGAAAUUCAAAUUUUUAAGGAAAACAAUGGAGCAAACCCCACUGAAAUUCCGAAAAAAAAGGAAACUCAAAAUCAAAGUUUAGCAUUUUCUACUGUAGAAAAAUCCCAAAAACGAUCAGAUAUUUAUCAUGAAGUGGCUGAAAAUUUGGCAUUUCCAGCAUCGGCACGAUGUAAAAAUCAUGAUGACGCGUGGCGGAUUUUGGCACUCUAUUUGGACUACAUUCGAGCGGUGAAUCCGGUUGAGUUUGAGCAGUUUCGAAUGCUUGACAGUGCCCUCGCCGUCCUUCACGACUUCAGUUUCAUCGGUCGUACCGCCCAAGUAUCCAACGAGACACUUGCUUUGGCAGUACUGUACUUUUUAGUGGAUUUUCACAAAAUCAAAAUCAAUUUGGGUUCGGCUACACAACCAUGGUACAGUAUCCUGUGUAAAAAUGCAAAAAUCGAAGAAUUGGAAACGAUGAAACAGUGGAUGGAGCAGGAUUUAAUUGGAAUGAAAAGUGACGAUUUUUCAAAUGGGUCCAGUUUACUAGAAGAAACACUUACCCUAUUUCCAAUUUUUCUUUGUGGAGGUAAAAAGAAGAAUUAUGACGGCGAGGGAGACAUUUCAUUAGUGCAACCCGGAGUUCAAAAGAUCAAUACAACGCCGUCUGGAGGUGGAUUCAUGGCGACGGCGUCAAGUUCUGGUUCGAAACCAUUGAAUGACGAUUUUUCGGUCGGUGUACCACCUCCACACAUUCCAUUGGCUGAUAAGUCGGAUGAGAGAACGCUGGCAGACAUUGAAUCGAUUCAAAGUGAGAAAGCAAUGAUACGCGAGAAGAAGAGUAAACAGGCGGUCGCGGCCGUGGCCGCCAAUCCCACGGCCACUUCGAAAUCGAAACGUCCUGGAUCUCAGUCACCGGCUCAUGCUACAAGUGCAGAAGGAGCAACAAAACAAGUGAAAGGAUCAAUGAAAGGAUCAAGAUCACCGGCUCAAUAG